AUGACAGAUGAUAAAUGCCCAAUCAAUGCAAAAUAUAAUCGAAAUGCAACAAAUCCUCAAUGUAUAUGUCUACCAGGCUAUUCAACAAGUUCAGAUUUAGAAACAUGUGAAUUGCAAUUGAAAGAACAUGUUCCAUUAAAUAAUUGUAUAGAGAAUAAUAGUAGUUCAAGUUUACAUACUCUAUGUGCUGACAAAUAUGGACAAUUUAGUAGAUUUUGUAACAUUGGUGUAUGUCAUUGUAUACAAAAUGUAUCAUAUGCUUAUCCUUCAUCCAGUAAUCCGUACAAAUGUGUUUCUUAUUUAAAUACACCACAGAAAUCAAAUCUUACUACUACCGAUUGUCCUGCUGGUAGCAAACCUGAAAAUAAUAAUGAAUGUAGAUGUAAACCUGGAUAUAGCGAAACGAAUAAAACAUCUUGUGAUUUGAAUUUGUCACCAGGUGCAACAGGCAGUGAUUGUGACUUAUUAAACAGUGCAGAUGGAGAUGUUUCAUGUAAUUCUGCAUGGCCAUAUAGUCGAAUAUGUAAACGUGGUGAAUGUCGCUGUGAUGGUAGCAAAUCGUUUUAUUCUCUUUAUUCUCUUCGCGUUCCACUAUGUGUUGUUCUAUUGGAUACACCACAAAAUUCACCAAUUAUUGCUCCUACCGUAUUAUGUCCAGAGCAUUCGUUAAAUAACAAUAAAUCAGAUGAAUGUCGAUGUGAUACUGGUUAUCGUACCGAUCCAAAUUCAAAUAAACAAGUUUGUGUCAAAAAAUCAUCAAAAUUAUAUAACUAUAAUGAGAAUCCACCAUCACCACCAGCUGAAAAUAUAACACUAAUUGAUGAUUGUACAAGUGUUUAUUCAGGCCCACUUGAAAUAGUUAAUGCUUCAAAUUCACAAAACUAUUGUCGAUGUAAACGAUAUUCAGUCAAAUUGAAUAGUACAGCAUGUUUUUAUGAUCAACUUUUCUUAAUUGGUACGGGUAAUAUGUCCGAUCGAUCAAACUGUACACGUUAUAAAAAUGAUGACUGUAAAACAUUGUAUAAUGAUCAAGCCUAUUGUGAUAUCAUUGAUGGUCGUGAAAGUUGUUUAUGUAAUAGACAAACAAGUUUUUUGAAUAAUAAAAUAUGUCAAUCAUUUGCUUCGUUUGUCUAUCCAUCGGUUAGUGGACUAUUAACAUCUGCAUGUGAUACAAAUAAUGAUUGUAAAAUACCCAAUACAGAAUGUAAAUUUUAUCUUUUAACAAAUUAUAAAUUAUGCCAAUGUAAAUCAGGAUAUUUUUUGAAUCCAAAAGCACAGACAUGCGAGAACAAUCGUUGUACGGGUGAACGUGAUCCAUCGACAAAUUUUAUCUGUGAUGGUUAUAAUUGGAGAUGUCAAGAUGGUUAUUAUGAAAAUACUAAUAAAACCGGCUGUGUAAAAAUUACUCAUGUUUAUAACAAACCAUAUCAAUAUUGUAAUGCAUCCUUUUCAACAACAACAACAACAUCUGGUGUUCGAUGUACUGAGUGUAAUCGAGCUAUGUGUGAAUUAGAUUAUCAAGAACAAGAUGAUAAAUGUGUUCAAAAUAAAUUUGAAGAUAAAUGUCAGCAUAAACCAGAAAUUUGUAAUAAACUAGUAUCGGGUUCAUCAUGUAAAAAUAAUGAAUGUGGUUGUUAUACAAGUGGUACAUAUAGAGAUGAUGCUAUUUGUGCUCGUGCAAUUGGAUAUGAAUGUGAUCAAACAGCACAAUGUGGUAAUGGUGGAUUUUGUUCUGAUCGUGAAUGUCGUUGUAAUAUAGGAUAUACAGAAACAACGGUAACAGACACAAACGGGAAAUAUAUUCAACGCUGUGUUCGUCGCAAUAAUGGACGAAAUAUUCAAUAUUCAUUAUGGUUAUUGGUUUUACUUUCAAUUGUAUCAUUUAUUAAUUCAUAA